CAAAGACACAGCCGAAAAUUAACGUUCUAAUUCUACGCAGCGAAAGUGACUCGAUUUGUGAUGAUAACUUCUACUUAAACAUGGCUAGUAGCAAUACCCAUGUUCAUGUAUCGAAGUAUUCAUCAUACAACCAGAUUGCAGGGUUGAAGGCUGAUGAACUAAAGAAGCUAUGCGUCACCAAUAACGUUGACCCAAAAUUGCCAAAGAAAGCAAGGAUUAUUCUUGUUUGCCACAUCGUUGGCAUAUCUACUGUCGGAACAAAUCUGUCUGGCAAUGUGUGCCUGCAUUCAAAUGUUAAGUCAUUGACCAGUGCUCAGAGACACGAAUAUGAGAAGCUGACAGUAAAAAACAUCAGCCAGAUUACUGAGUGGACAAAGGACCUGUAUAAGCUUCCAGCUGUUGAAGACAAGGAUAAAAAGACAUACCUUCUCAACACAGAACAGAUUGACGAGGCAAGUGUUCGAACUUACAAACUCUCGAGGCCUUACCAGCUUAAACAGUUUGUUCACUCUGUGGAAGUUAAUGAGAACAUGCAUUCAGAAACAUUCAUAAUCCUUAAAGCGCAAUGCAAUCCAUCACAGGCAACUAGUGCAGAUGAAAUCAAGCUUGUUUAUGUGGUGUUGGACAAAAUUACAGGGACACCCUAUGGUGGAUUCUGCACCUGCACUGUUGGUUGUUCUCAGACAUGCGGGCAUAUAGGAGCCGUGCUGUUUGCAGUAGCAGACGCGCUGGCCAACGGAACUUGGGGUACAAAGGCGUGCACAGAGGAACUGUGUGCAUGGACAGAUCAUAAAGGCAGCAAAUGUUCACCCUCACUGUUUAGUGAAAUUGCAGUGAUGAAACAGGAGAAGACAUUGAAAAGGACCACACAGCAGUAUGGGAAAACUUUGCUGAAAAACACCCAGCCAACCAAGGAGGCACUAAUGGAACUGCGUGCCAAUCUCCUAAUGGCUACGCAUCAUACUGGCCAAUAUUGCCCAGCUGUACAUGUGCUGCACAAGUUUAGUGAGCAGGGCCAACUACCUUCACAGCUUUACCAGAUUUUCUGCCAAACGACUGUGCAGAGCUGGCAUAUUCCUAUGAGACUGUAGUAGAGAGUGCGCCUUCUUCCAUUAUGAGGGUACCCCAUGCAACCUUCAAGACUGACCAGGAACCAGGCUUCGAAGAAGAGGUGGAGCGCCUCUAUCAGGCAUGUCAUUCAAUGACUGAUAUCAAUGUAGUAGAACAAAGUACUCGUGGCCAAGCCAGUAAUAAGGAAUGGUUUGUCCAAAGACGUGGUGCCAUAACAGCUACAAAAUUGUUUGAUGUUGAGGAAGACAAAUUUCCCAGCAUGCAAAGGGUUAAUACCAAAAAACAUAAUAACUAUAAAAACCUUUUUCCCAAACCUGACAAUCAUUACAAUUAACAAAAUUAAAGUUGUUUACAAUGUUUGAAAAGAAAGCAACCAAAAACAGUGUAAACAAAUUAUAAACAGCAGAAUUGCAACAGCUAAACAUUUUGAUUAUCUCAUAUUUUACUUUAAUUUGUAAAUUUUAAACCAAACAAUAUGCUUAACUAUAAAUACAAGAAUGAACACUUGAAAAUUAUUACAACAUGUAAGUUCCAUUUUUAUAUCCUGAUUUAAAUGUUAGCAAUGUGCGAUGGCAAUUCAAUAACGAUUAAAAGCUACAUUAUGCCCAACAGCACUGACAUUUUCCACAGAAUUUUAACAAAUGAAUGUCAACCAUAUUUAUUAUCACGUCUUAUCACAGUGUUUUCUGCCAACUCAAAACUUGGGGUACACGUUCAUUUCUUCUAGGUUCUAAUUAUGGGAAGUUGAAAAUUGGUAAGGUAUGCACAUGUUGUAAAGAUUUGUUCAACCAAGUCCUGCAUGUUUAGUCUUAUAACGCGUUCUAACAAAUAGAAUGUUUUUAUUCGCUGAAUAAUGCGUUCCACGUGAAUCCUAGCCUUUGAUAUAUACUCAGAUUUAGAUGCUUCUGCUGCAGUUAUUUGAGACCGGUCACGUCCCUUAAAUUCUGGAAUCAAAAGAGAAACGCCCUUUUUCUUCAGGUCAUUUGUUAUCGUAAACCCUCUAUCGGCCAUAACACUGUCCCCUACCAUGAGCCCACUGAUUAAUUGUUCACUUUCAAGAGUAAUGUGCUUGUCGGAAGCACGUCCACCCCAUGCCCUUGACACAAAGUUUACCGCCAGACAGGGUGAAAGUCCUACCAGAAAUUUCACAGUGUCAUUGUGUUUAUAAUUGGAAAAUGUCUGCUUUCUGGCUUGCAAAUUUGAUGCUCUCUGCACCAUCAGUUCCGUGCAAUCAAUGAUCACUUUCAAAUUAUCAAAUUUCUGGAAACAUGGUGCCUUUUCAUUUUUAUUUGAUUCCAUUUCAAACAACAAUUUAAG